UGUAUGUAUGUGUAUAUAUAUAUGCAUGUUUUUUAAUGUAUUUUUAUGCAUGUUUUUUAUUAUUCUAUUCAAUAAAGGUAAACUAAAUUAAAAAAACUUCAAUAAAAAUGUAAAAGAAAUUAUUAAACAUUUUAAAAUGUAAAUGAAUAUAUAUUGCAUUUUAUUGUUUAAUUUAGUUUUAGUUUUAACUGUAAUAUCCCUGGUUUACACCAAGAACAAUGAGGCAAGUAUAUUUUAAUUUUGUCAUCUUCUGCUUUAAAUGCUCAAGCUCUUUAAAAAGGAUUGUAUUAUAAGGAUUGUACUUUCUAGUUAUAGUUCUUGGAAAACAGGCCUUAAGGAGUUGAUGCCUACUUAUGUAGAACUCUCUAAAUCAGUCACUUAUGAGAUUCAAUACAGUUUGAAUGCUAACUUCGCAGCAGAUCACUAGAAUUUGGAACCGAGCCCAAUCAUUCAUUCAUGUCUUAUUGAUUUGCAACCUUCAGACCAGAGCAAUGCAUCACUGAGCUCAUUUCUGUCAGCUCUUCUGAAGCCAUCAGAGGGAAUUAUGAGUGCACAUCGACUCAUUCUGACCAUGCACGAAUUAAACACUGAAUUAUGGAACAUGUUUGAUAAAUGCAUUGGAACGUACAUCUGUCAAUCAAAUAGAAUCAAGAAUGAAACAAUGUUGCAAAGCCAUAAAGAAGUUUAAAGCAUAACCCAGUGUUGCAAAAGACGUGAGAAGAUCUGUGCUACAUAAAGAGUAAGUGAAAUUCAGAGAAGUGCUGGAGGCGACCAUCAACUUUGACCUACUUCGUAAGGAUUUCAUUGUGUUUUGGAGGACGUUUGUAGACUAACCUUGAAACCCAUAAACUGAGACUGUUUGAGAUGGCCAGAAAUCAAAAUGAGAUACUUCUAAUUAGUGGGCUUUAGGGUGCAAUUGAACCAAGUGUGAAAGCACCUUAAUACUGAGACUGAAAGAGCAUUUGCUGGAUGUCAUCACUAUUUCCCAGCUCUGAGAUUGAUUUUAAACGCUGGAUCAACAUUGCCCCCCAGUGUCCAUUUCUGGUCAUUAUCAAUGCUUCUCUGGAACAACAAACUGACUGUGCAAUCUAGCAUUAAAUAAAUGCAUUGCUAUUGCUUCAUAAGAGGUUAAAUCUUACUACUGUAAGUCCAAGUCACAUCCCAUGCUAAACUUUUGCAUGAAAAAUAUACUCUAUUUUAUUGUAUUCUUAUUUUUUAUAUAGCAUGUUUGGGCAUUUAUUGAUGUACAUAUUCAUUAGGAAUUUUUUAGUGUAUAGAAAAGAAUUUUGAGUUAAAAAUGUAUCAAUUUGUCAAAUAAUGUCACAAUGCAAAAAAAUCUAAAUGUCAAAAUGCUAAAUCUAUAUAAAGCCUUGAGUGAUUUCUAAUAUAGUGCAAACCAUAAGGCAGUUUACUCUUUAUGGGUCAGUUCUUUUGUUUUACAGUAAUGCUGGAUAACUCUCCUCGGUUUCCUCUGAAACUGAAAGCAUCAUUCAAGCGCACAACUCACAUUGACAUUGAUUUUCUUCUUCGGCUCUCAGACGUGAUGGCUGAUAUAUAAUCUCUCUGACUGUGAACGGUGAAGAUCAAUAGUGCUGUCUGAAGCUGCUGUACGUUUUGAAGCUUCAGUGACACGUUUGUUAUGUUUCAGAGCAGAUAUUGCAAGAAUACUUUCAAAUAAUUUCUAGUAUUGCGAUUUUAAGCACUUAAAAUAUUAAAUAUUAACAAGUUAGCAAUUAUUUUUGAUGCCGCUGGCAAUUCUAAAAAUAAAUGUGGUUGAGGUUUUGAUCUGGCAUAAAGAAGUGUUUGCUUAUGUGUUAAUGAAUAGCAAUAAUAAUAAUUGCUCAAAUGUUCAUUGAAAUUGAUGCAUUUUUCUUAAAGAACACACACACACACACACACACACACACACACACACACACACACACACAAAACAAUACAAUAUAUAAGACAAGCCAUUCACAGCAAAUGCAUAACUACUGAGAUGUCCCAAAAAAACAUAAAACAUGGAACUUUUGUCUGAAUCUGUUUUCUGUUUGUUUGCAUGUUGAUGUUUCAUCUGUUUGGAAGCAUUUUUGUUUUUUUACAUUGAGAGGUUUUAUAAAAUGCUGUUAUGCAACAGAUCUGAAGAGAAUAAACCAGACAGGUGACUCAGAGAUGACUGUACACAGUAUUCAGCCUCCAGUGAUAGAUAUUUGACUUAUUUACACGCAGGAGCUUGUGAGCGAAGAACACAGCAUGCAGAAGGCAUGCAUUCUUCCGUUCUGUUACACAAAGGGUUUCUAUGACUGUUAUGAAAUCAAAAUGGAGAAAAUAUUAAUACGUAAAUGUGGAUGUGAUCAGUGACUUACACUCGAAUCAAGGCCUGUGUUGGAAUAAACUUGACAGACAAGCAAAUACGGACAACUAUCGCAAUUUCUUAACCAAGUGACUUAAGUCACAAUAAUAUAAGUUAUUAUUUGAUGAUUAUAUUUAAUAUUUACAAUGUGUUUGCAAUGCAUAACAGCUUAUAUACUUAAAACAUCUGUAUCCUCAUCGAUACAAUAGCCUGUGUUGUUAAAAAACUGUCUAAUCCAUUGAACAUUCCUAACAAUAAUAAAAUAUGGCACGACCCUAAUUAAAGUCUAUUUUAGCAUAAAUACUUAAAUUAAUGAUGUGUUUGUAAGAAUGUUUUUUUUUUUCAGUUCUUAUUAGUUUCUCUGCAUCUCAUUAUGUUCAAUGCAGUCUAAUCCAAAAUUCUAUCUGGGAAGUUAAUAAUAAGGUUUCUUAAUGGAGGAGUUUUCAGACUAUAUGCAGUUCAGCAGUGACCUCUGCUGGUGAGAUGAGACAUGACAAAAACAGCAGUGUUUGUGUUCACACACUAGAUGUUAAAAGGUUCAAUAUGUACUUAAAAUAAAUGCAACUGUUGGUGAAAGAUUAUUUAUGUGUUGUACACCUCUCUUUCUCCCUCUCUCUUUCUCAUUGUUCAUUUAGUUUAAUUUGGAAGUGCUAAAAUAACUAAAUGUCAAAAACAAAAAAUUUGAACACAAGAAACUUUUUGCCAAGGAAAGGGCUUUAACACAAAUAAAUAUGUUGUCACAUGACAAAUUUAGCAGCAACCGUGUUCAUGUUGUAUUGUUCUAAAAUUAUAUUUAAAGGAUUUGUAAAAAAAACAAAAAAACAUUGUGCUUUUGUAAAAUAAAGGAAACAAACAGGAUUCCGCUUUUUUCAAGAGCAUCAUAAAAAUUAAACGAAAUUCUGCAUAUAGACUACUAGUUCUUUCACAGUUUUUUCUUUCAUUUUGUUAAUUCAUUAAUUAUCUAGAAAGUCUAUAUAUUAUAUAGUCUAUAUCAAAGUAAAAAAAAAACUAUUGGCACUUGUUAAUAAAAAUAUUUUCAUGUAGGCUUAUACAGUUUAGCAUAACUUUAUCCAACUUUGUCCUAAUAAAUAACUAGCUACUAGCAUAUUUACUUUACACAAUAUAAAUUAAAUUAUGUAUGGAAACAGCUCAAGGGCAAAUAUGUAUUUUUUUUAUUUAUUUUUUAUUUUUUAUACACCAAGACUUAUGCAUCAAUUCAUUUUUUAAGGAAUGACGUCAUCACGGACAGCAUUUUAUCAGUAAAAGGCCAGUUACAUGGAAACAGGCUUUAGACAGCAAAUUUCGCAAAGUUUUUUUUACGCAUAUUAAAUAUGAUAAUAAAACAGCGCAAGAACUGGAUGGAAACUUGGGGGCCACCUAGUGGCGACGGGGCCCUAAGCAGCCACUUAGUUUGCUUAUAGGAAGGGCCUGCUCUGAGUCAUGAGCUGGUUUUCUGGGAACUGCGUUUUACAUCUCUGUUUAUUCAGUUUUCCGCUGCUUAUUCUUGCUGCCUGCACCUUUCCAAAAAGACUUAAGAUUUAGAGAUCACUGUAGGCAUGUUGCACAUCCACUACAUGACGCAUUAUACAUAUUUAACCAUCUGAUGCAUGAAUGAUUAAAUAACAAAGAUUAUUGACAUUUUAUGGGUAAUGAUGAUUAAAGCUAGUACCACAGGUGAGGUAUAUUUACCGACUGUAUCUAUAUUCUGUCAUUUGUUGUUUUCCUUUGGAUCUAAUCCAACCGUGCACAUCCCUCAAAGCGGUCAAGUCCUGUCUGGUGUGUCUGAACUCUUACUGUCAGACUCAUUUUAAACACCAUGAGGAGUUUCACCCUGGUAAACGACACAAAGUGAUCGAAGCCACCGGACGACUCAAACAGAUGCUCUGCCAAAAACACGACAAGAUUCUGGAGGUUUUCUGUCGCACUGACCAGCGAUUUAUUUGUGUUCUGUGUGUGAUGGACGAACACAGAAACCAUGAGACCGUAUCAGCCGCAGAAGAAAUGACUAAGAUGCAGGGUCAUAUGAGCGAGAUGCAGAAAAUCCAGAAGAACGAGACGAAGCUUCAGGAACUGAGAGAAGCUGUGGAGUCGUAUAAACGCUCUGCGCAGGCAGCAGUGGAGGACAGUGAGAAGAUCUUCACGGAUCUCAUUCGCUCCAUCGAGAGAAGCCGCUCUGAGGUGACACAGCUGAUCCGAGCUCAGGAAAGAGCUUCAGUGAGUCGGGCUGAAGAACAACUAGAACGCCUGAAGCAGGAGACCGCUGAUCUGAAGAGGAAAAACACUGAGCUGGAGCGGCUUUCAGACACAGAUGAUCACAUCCAUUUACUCCAGAGUUUCCAGUCUCUCUGUGCAUCUGGAUCUUCAGAAUUAUCCAGGAUCAUCAUCAGUUCUCGUCUCUCUUUCGAUGAUGUCCGUAAAUCUGUCGCUAAACUCAGAGACCAGCUAAAUCAGUGCUGCAGAGAGCAGAUGGAAAACACACCUGGCACAGUCAAACACGUGCGGAUCAUUCUUGGCCCUGAUUUUGAGAGCAGAGAUGAAUACCUCAGAUAUUUCCAUCAGUUGACUCUGGAUCCCAACACAGCGAGUAAACACCUUCAACUCUCUGAUGGGAACAGGACGGUUACUAGCUCUGUGACAGGCCUGCUGUAUCCUGAUCAUCCGGACAGAUUUGAUUCUGUAGUUCAGGUGUUGUGUAGAAAGAGUGUGUGUGGACGCUGUUACUGGGAGAGAAUGAACGUUUGGGUGUAUCACUGUCUUAGAGCAUCAGCAGGAAGGGACGCGGCAAUGAGAGUAAGUUUGGACAUAAUGACCAGUCCUGGAUUUUGCUGUGCUCUUCCCCCAAAUACACAUUCCUGCACAACAAUAUAAAGACUAAAUUCACCCUAGAGUCCAGCUUCUGUAGGAUAGGAGUGUAUGUGGAUCACGGAGCUGGAAUCCUGUCCUUCUACAGCGUCUCUGACACAAUGAGCCUCAUUCAUAAAGUCCAGUCCACAUUCACUCAGCCGCUCUAUCCUGGGUUUCUACUGGAUAGAAAUGUAUCCGUGAAACUGUGUCAUGUAACAACAUAAACACAUAUUGUACGUGCUAUUAGAAAUCAGUAAUUGUGAGAUGCUUAUGGGUCUAAUUAAAAGUCAAAAUGAAAAGUGAAUAUCACAUCAUGAACUACAAACAGUUUGAAUAUGAACAAAUAAUUAGUUCUGAAUCGGUGUAAUUUUACGCAAAUUAUAUAUAUUAA